AUGGAGGAGUCGCGCCGGACCGCCGCCGCCGCGCCGCUCUCGGAGGACGCCGAGCUGCAGCGCGCCCUCGCCAUGUCGGCGCAAUCUUACACGGCGGAGCAGAGCCAGCGCAAGGCCUACGAGCGCUACGCGGCGCCGGCGGGCGCGGUGCGGGCACCGCGACACGCCGCGCCGCCGCAGCCGCCGGCCAGCGCCGACCUGGCACCCCUCCACGCGCUGCGGCAACGGGCCGAGCAGGCCGUGUCCGAACGACGGCAGCGCGAGGCCAAGCUCGCCGAGUUGGCAAGACGGCCGCCGGCCAUCCAAGCCGCGCCCGACGUCGCGCGGCUCAUGGACGAGCUUGGUCUGUCGCACUUCCUGCCGCUACUCCUCGCCGAGGAGGCCGCGGACAUGGAAACGUUGAUAUGUCUGGAAGCAGGAGACCUGAAGGAUCUGCUCCUGCCGCUCGGGGCGCGGACGAAGCUUUUGUAUGCGCUCAAGCACCCGGACUGGCGGCCCAGGUAUAAGUAACAACAGAUUAGCUUAGAUACAGGACGGCGACGC